AUGAAUGACACUCACCUUCAUUCCAGUGCUGCUGCUGAAGCUGAUGGUAUUGAUCCAUUAAUAAAUACCCUGUCCAGUAAACGAGAUGGAGCCAUUGCCAAUGCCGCCACCGUACUGACAAACAUGGCCAUGCAGGAGGCACUGCGUGUGAGCAUCCAGAGCCAUGGCAUCAUGCACGCCCUCAUCAACCCGCUGCAUUCUGCGAACGUGGUCGUGCAGAGCAAAGCUGCUCUCACCGUUGCUGCCACUGCAUGUGAUGCUGAGGCCCGGACGGAGUUAAUGAAUUCGGGGGGACUGGAGCCCCUCGUAGAGCUCCUGCGCUCCAAGAACGACGAAGUGAGGAGGCACGCCAGCUGGGCCGUGAUGGUCUGUGCUGGCGAGGAGCUGAUGGCCACCGAACUAUGCAGGCUUGGGGCUUUAGAUAUCCUUGAAGAAAUUAAUCUAUCAGUAAGUCGAAAAAAUAAAUUCAGUGAGACAGCUUAUAACAAAUUGAUCAACAACCACCUGCCUCUGAAAUACAGCCGGACUGGCUACUUGUCAUCAAGUAACAUCAUUAGCGAUGGCUUCUACGAUUAUGGCCGGAUAAACCCUGGCACCAAACUUUGUCCUUUGAAGGAUCUCUGCUUACAAGACCCAAAUGAUCUACGUACUAUUCUCUUGAUUAACAGUAAAUCUAGUAAAUCUGAUGUCUCUCUACCUCCAUCUACGGAAGAUAAAUCCCCAGAUGUUGGUUCUAUGCGAAGUAUUUCUUCUUUAUCUUCUUUUAAAAAAUCAAGUAAAGAAAAGACCAGACAAACUAGUUAUUAUUUUAGUGCUGGAGUUGGAUCUCCCACAGAAGAGAAAUAAGAACCUACUUCUGGACGAAAUACUGCUGUUACCAAAAGCUCCACUAAAGAAAAAGGAUCAAGAAGAGGAAAAGAAAGAAAGAAGAGGAAAAAAAUGAAGGAGGAGGACAAGGUUACAUCUGUACUGAAAUGGGCUGGAGAAGGGAGCUCCGAUAAAGAAUGGUACCCUCCCUCUGAUCCCAACUUUUGUGUUUGUGUGUACGAAGUGACCAAGUACAUACUACCCAUCACCAACAUCAGGGAGCAGAUUGAGGCUCUUGCACAGUAUGUGGCAGAGAAAAUGGGUGGUGAAAUUCCAAAAGAGAAGCUACAAAAUUUCAGCUGGCAACUUCACAUAAGUGAACUGAAGUUUCAACUUAAAUCCAAUGUUGUUCCAAUUGGACUGAUCAAAAAAGGAAUCUUCUACCAUCGAGCUUUGCUUUUCAAGGCUCUGGCUGAUAAGGUUGGCAUCGGCUGCUCUCUGGUUCGAGGGGAGUACGGCAGAGCUUGGAAUGAAGUAAAGCUGAUGAAUGAAUCUCGAAAGGGAGUGACUGGGGGUCUCCCUCCUUUUGAAACAUACAUCGUUGACCUCAUGUUCCAUCCAGGUAGACUGAUGAAGAUAAAGAGUAAAGAGGCAAAUCUUUACAGGUUUCUCUGA